AUGGCGUCCAACACUCUGCACGGCCGGCUGGUGACUCCUCUUGCUGUCGUGGUUGUCGGGAGGUUCGCCUCCCUCUUCUCAGCCUGUGCCAUGCUCGCCGGCACGCCCUUCUCUCACACACAUCUCAGUGGCCGCCGUGGUCGGGAGCGUCAAAAAUUGAGGGCAACCCAGUCUGGGAUUAUACCGUCCUCCAUGGCCAACAACGCCACAGCAGCCCGGCCGUCUAGUUGCGCUUCUUCCCGCGCUAUACCCCGGUGCACCAGCACAGCGACCCGCUGUUCGCCGCGGCCUUCCCGUCGACUUGGGGCAGCGGGGCGUUCGACCAGGGGUGGCGGCGCGGGUUGA